AUGGCUCCACAGGACAGGGAUGGCAAUGGCGACAAUGAAUUGCAGGAUUUCAACAAUGAGAAAGGGAAUUGUAACCCCAAGCCUACCUCGCAGAAGCAGUGGCCGAAGCUUUCAUCAUACUCCAUUCGCGGUGGACGCACAACUCCAAUGAAUUCGACAGGAACGGGACGGCACCCUCAGCGAGGACGAGCUGCGGGAGCUUUGGUGUCUCGUGACUAUCGUCACCAAAGGCCUUACCACAGUGUCGGCAGCGUUGUGGUGGAAGAACGUUUGCAGCUCGCAGCUGGCGAACGAAGAGGGGGUAAGCGCCACAUUGAGUUUGGUGAUAUGGUUCACGUGGGCCACAGUAGCACCGGGGCCAUCAAAGAAGGUAUAUCAAUUCCUACAGCCGCUGCAACAGGGGAGCGGCCCGCGGGAUAUGGACAUCAUUCAACCUUGAUAGAGUACAUGAACCCACAUGCACGCCUAGAACGUCACCUGAAACGCUACGAGCGAGGGCUCAAGGAAUUCUAUAUGAAUUGUAACAAUGGUGAUGCGCAGAAUGAAAUUGUGGGUGCAAUGGACUCAGGAGAGGAGGAGGAUGAGAAGUGCAUCGAGGAUGACUGCUUUGAAUUCGCUGACGAAGAGGACUGUGAGGGUCAUCCAGGUAUGCAUUACGGGAACCGUACUCAGCGCCCAGCGUCGGUAGAGAUGCCAUUGCGUCCCAGUCGAGUUUUGCUUACUCAGCGUGCUGCUAACACAAUGUACAGUUUUACAGGCGAUGGCCGGUACAAAUACAGAGGCGGGUCUGGUGCACCAUUGUGUGCUGUUUUGGGUCCAAAUGGCUCUACGCUGCGACGGCGGGCUGAUCCUGUUCGACGGGGACAACAAAUGCGCGAAAUAUGGAAGAGUGACAAGUUCCUCGCACAACAAGGCCGAAAAGAUGAUCGAUGGCGGCUGCGUCAGAGUAUGUUGGCCUGGGAUCCAUGA